CGGUCCAAACGCACUGCCGCCUAUUUAUUCUGGCAAGCUGCUGCACCUUGAAAUGAAUUUUCUGCCUUCUGGGGUCCCAGAGCUCUAAUGAUCUGUCUGACGUCUUUAGUAAUUAGAGGAUUUUAUUUGUAUCGCGCCACUUGCUUGACGUCUCUCUCUCUCUCUUUUACUCCCUCACUCUCUCCCUCUCCCGGUUAGGCUAGUUUAACCCUCAAGAAGCCACAAAGAACACAGUGGCAGCAUUUUUUUUCCGAAACCAAGCCCCUCAGAAAAAGCUGGUGGCCCUUUAACUGUGCUCUCAGAGAUGCUGGGCGGCUAAGAAUGGAAAUCACAAAAGAGGAAUCUUACACAACAGCUCGCCUGCAGCUGCAAAAAAUCCGAUGGCUUGCGCGCUCCUCAGUUUCCAAGGGAGCGAGCGGCAAUAGAAGAGCAUGCACUGCAGCCUUUGGCUUCUCCUUAUAAUUUGAUUGUCGUUUUGGCUUGGAAUCGCAGGGAAGUGACAUCCUGGCCAGGGAAAGUGUGCGUGCGCGUGUGAGAGAGUGAAAGAGAGAGAGAGAGAGAGAGAGAAGGGGGGUAAAGAAAAGAUGAGGCACAUUGCGUCUCAGAUGCCCCAGUUUCUGUGCUGCAGAAGGCUGCUGGGCACCGGUGCCAGAUGAUUCAUCCCAACGAGUUCCGAGGGUGUUCUUCAUCUUCAGGGAGGCAGGUGGAGCACGAGAGGUGAUGUGCUAGUAGACGGAGCUGCGUUUUGAGAGGGAGCUGUAGAAAUGGCCAGCUUUGGGAAACUCACCAACUAUUUUAAUCAGCGCAAAUCAAGGGAGGAGCUUCGCCUGGGAAGGAAGGAGUCACGUCGAAGUGGCAGCUACUGCUGCAGCGUUUCUGAAGCCAGUUCCCUUGAAAGAAAGACACAACGGCCCGUGCUGGCGAAAUCGCGGACGCUGUCGAGCAUCCCUCAGUCUCCCAUCAUUUCCAGCAAUGACCACUCUGACCUAGUUGGCUGCAGUCAGGAAGCACUCACGUCCAGGAGAAGGCUGCUGUCCAGUGAUAGUGUGGGAGAAAGCCAUGUCCUACCAACGGCAGGAGACUCAUAUCCCACUGAUCAUGAUGGUGAUAAAGAUGUGGAAGUGUGGGGAGUCCAGACAGAGUCCGAGGUGCAUUCCCAGUCUCCAGUCAGGCGUAUGCACUUCCGUGAGGCCUGCAUGCAAAAGAGCUUCUCUGUGGACUACAGCCUGGAUGUGAAAGACUUGGGGACAGCAUGUGUCGGGGACAGCGUGGAGCAAGUGAAAUGCAAGCUGAAGAGAAAGUUUAGCCUGGGUUCUGCUGAUAGGAAGGAUUCUCAACAGAGAAGGUCCUACUUCCACAAGAUGACUCAACAGAUGCGCGACGCACCCCCUGCUCCUACCAAAAAGCCCUCGAGCCCUUUAUCACCAAGCACCACUCGCCGCUUUUACAGAAAUCUUUCUGGGAAGUUUCAUGUGGGUCAUCCUCUCCUGGAAGAAAAAUCUCAGUCAAGCAGAGGUGACAGAGUGCAGCUGCGAAAAUCCACCAUAUUUCAGAGUACUAAGACACUCUUUGAGGCUGUGGAACAGCAGGAAUUAGAGAAUGUGAAAUUGUUACUGCUUCAGUACAGCCCAGAAGAACUGGACCUUAACACACCAAACAGUGAAGGCCUUCUACCACUGGAUGUCGCCAUUAUGACCAACAAUGUGCCCAUGGCUAGGAUCCUGCUACAGGCUGGUGCCAAGGAGAGUCCACAUUUUGUCAGUUUGGAGAGUCGUGCACUGCACUUGGCAACGCUUGUCCGGGAAGCAGAACAAAGAGUGAACGACCUGACUGCACAGGUGCUAAACCAAGCACCCACUGAGCAAGACGACUUUGAGAAACAGAAGCAGCUAAACGCAUGGGAAUGGCGUCUCCGGCUAUUCAAGAGAAUGCAAGCAGGAUUCGAACAUGCGCGCCCACCUGAAGCACCCAGCAAUGUCCGUCUUUCUGUCAGCAGCAUCUGUAGCUUGACUGUCAGCUUUCAGGAACCUGUCCAUGUUAAUUCUGCAGUAGUGACCAAGUAUCGCGUGGAAUGGAGUCGUGCGCCAUUGUUCUCUUCUGUCUUGGGUGAAGCCAUCAUUGACAAGUUGAACAUUCUCCAGUACACCAUCUCGGGACUGACCACUGGCUCUGAGUACUAUGUAAGAGUUUCUGCAUACAACAUGAAGGGAUGGAGUCCUGCUCAGAACUCUCUUCCAGCUUGUGCUGCUCCAUCCAACUGGAGGGAGAUUGAUGGACGAACACCAAGAGACAAAGGGAAGAAAGAAGCUUUGGAGCAGCUACUCCAGCAGGUUAAAAAUUCCCAUCAGCAGGGCACAUGUCAGGAUGCAUCCAAAGCCCAAUCCCAGACCAGAAAGCACUCUGUUUCAAAAAGUCUAAGGUAUCUCUUCCAGCCAGCCAGCAAGUACAUCAAAACUCUGAAAAGGGGUUUAUAUUUUACAUCAAUAAUUUAUCGGGAUGGUAAUGUUCUGGUAACACAAGAAGAGCAAAUCCCUAUAGUGGAGAUGGAUGACUCCUACUCAAGUUCCCUUAUGCAUGACUUCCUGUGGUUCACCAAGGUGUCCUAUUUGUGGCAGAACAUUCUGUGGUUACGUCAGUGUAUUAGUAGCUCCCUGUCUUCCUGCUCUUGCACCCUUCAGACCCGCCUCAAGAUGCUUCAGGCAGUCUUCCACUUCCAGGAAAUGCUGGGAAUCCAAGACUUGGGGCAGGUUUAUUUUGAACCUUUGAAAGAUAAACAUGGAAAUGCACUUAUUGUUACAAUACAGGAACUUGGUUCAAAUCAGAUUGUGGAAAACAUGCGCUGGAUAAAACUAAGUAAACUCCAGAUGCAGAGGAAAUCUAUUUCUUCUCCAGAGGAACCCACUGCCCUGGACUUGCUGCUCAUCACUUUGAAUGAAAAAAUAAGCUACCACCAGCACAGCCAGCAAACUCUAUCACCGGGUCUCUACCUUGGAUAUGUAAAAUUAUGCAGUUCAGUGGACCAGAUAAGAGUUUUGGUGUCACAGAAACUUCCCAAUGUCCUCUGUAAUGUCAAGAUCCGGGAAAACCACAAUGUCUCCCGAGAAGAGUGGGAUUGGUUACAGAAGUUGAGCACUCUGAAGAGCUCCACCUUGACAGAGACGAAUGCGGAUGGUCCACACAGCUACUUCCUUCAAGACAUUCAAGCUGCUGCUAAGACUCUAAUUGGUCAAAUCAGUGCCUCAGACACUCAGGUACAGAAUUUUCGCAUCUACAGCCAAGAGGUCCUGGAAUUUGGAAAUCGAGUGUCUUUUCUCCUGCUGCUUCCUUCCUCAGAUGAAGUAUGCACAGCUCCUGGCCAGAAUAACCCAUACGCACUCCGGUCAGGAUUUCUCACCCUUCCCCUUCAGAUUUUUGAGCUUGUCCACUUCUACACAUACAGUCGUGAGUUCAUUGUUCAGUACUGCUGCAUAUCUGCCUGGUUGGAACUGGAAUCCCUGGUGUCCCAGCAGAUGUUGCGGGAGGCCUUCUCUGAAACAGAGCUUACAGCAGCUAAGGAGAAGCAUCAGCAAGUCCAAGACCAACUGCAGCACAUGGAAGAUGUUUGGAGGCAGAUGCGUUGGAUAAUGGAUGUGCUACAGUAUGCAAGGUACAAGCAACCCUAUGGUGGUAUUCCAUUGAUAGAUAUAAUAGGCUUCACAAAGGCUUCUCUGAUGGAAAUCCCGUGCUGCACUUCAUCUCAACUGGACUUUGUGCCUUCUCCAAUACCCUCCCCAGAGACCCAUCACAAGUACACCGCAGACACUCAUGCAAUUUCAGAAGAUGAAGAAUCUUGUGAAGUCUUUCUGGCACCAGACAGCGACUGUCAUUUGUGUCAUGCACAAAGCACUAGACAGAUAGACCUCCUUUCUUCCUCUCAAUCCUCCUCGUCCACUGCAGCACAAGUGACCAGUAAAAGAGAAGAUAAAAUGAGAAGCAGUGCUCCUGAUGUACUCAGUGGUCACAAACUUCAAGUAGCUGCCUCAGAAAAUAAGAAAUGGCAACCAGAAUUAUUCGACAGCGAAUUCAUCCUUCCAAGUCGUCAAAUAGAACUGCUGCGCAUCACUGAAAAGAGACAAGCAUUUUGUGUGCGCACCAGCAGUCUGAAUUUACCACCAGCCAGUCCAGAGUCUGAAUGGUGCAGGGCUCACCAUUCUACAGGUGACCUUGAUCUGAAGCCAGCCCUAGGACCUGACAAUAUGAUCCCUCCACUACUUCCAAGAACAAGAGCAUCGGAAGAGGAUACCAGCGGCUUCAUUGAGUCUUCAGGCAAUGGUCGCUUUGGAAAGAAGUGCAGUCAUGUUACUUUACGAGUCUAUCCUCAGUAUAGGACGGGACUGUCUAAGGAAACAAGUGUAAAGCUCUGCGUCACUCGAAAGACCUCAGCAAGGAAGAUAAUAAGACUGGUGGUUCAGGAAAUAAAUGAGGUUUCCAGGCAACUAUUGGGAAGCCUGGAUGAAUACACCUAUAGUGGUGAUCAACUGGACCACUUUGGCUUGGUGCUGGUUCUGGAUGACAAAGAGAAGUGGCUGCAAGAUGAAUUCCAGCCUUUAGCCCUGCAAAACCCCUGGACUAGAGGGAAGCUUUGUGUGCGCAUCAAAGAGUACUCCCCCCUGUCCAGCAAGGGAAGCCAAGCAGCCACUGUGUGAGACUGCAAAGAAAAAGUUUGUUUUGUAAAAAGAAGUAUUUUUUUAUUUACCAAAGAGCCAUGAACAAAUAUUUAUUGUUUUAAAAGCCCAUUGCAGGAUAACAAAAACUUAAUGCAGAUACAUUGUGAAAUGAAAAUAAAACAGCAAUAUGAAUUUUGUCUCCCUGUUCAAUCUUUAUGAUAAUUUAAAAAUGUAAAAACUCAACAGCCUCAAGACUUUCCCUUAUGUUCCAGUUUUGCACAGCCACCUCUCUAUCUUAUUUGUUUUACAUCAAUUAUUAAGCCAUGGUUUUAGCAGGAAACUGCCUUGAAACCAAGCGGGUUUUGUGCACUUGGGCGUUGCAGUUACUAUGCAGGACUCAGAAGGAAUACACAUCAUGUGCUGUUGGUUGGAUUUCCUCCCUUUUAUCGUGUGCUAUUUGUUGAGCUGUUUAAAAUGUUUUCUGACUACUGAGGUUUAUUUUAAAAAUGAUGGACUGUAGUUGCAUCAAUGUUUUGUAAAAAAGUCUUUGAAAUAUACUUACUAUUGUACUUUCUCUUCCACUUGUUUACAGUCUCAUCAUAUCUGAGGAUAAAUAAAUUCUCUCAAUUCAUUUUAAAUAAUCUGAUUUUGUUAUAUCUGGCACAGCAGUACCAAUAAA